AUGCUCCUUGCCGACUGCGGAAACCACGGUAAGGGGGCCAACAGCCACCAGUCCCUCGAGAACAUCGUCAAGGGCAUCAUCGAGGGCGAGAGCCUUAUGCUGGUGUCGAGCAUGACCAUGGAGGAGAUCUUCACGGAGCGCGAGGAGUUCAAGCAUUGCAGCCCGUGGUGGCAGUUGCUGACCUCGUUCUUCGUGGAUAAGGCCUCUACCAAACGAGAGCGCACUUCAUCAAGUGGAGGUAGCGACGCCGCGGCAGUCUCCUCGGUCCCCGAUAUUUUUCUGUCGACAGGUACCGCGGCGGCGGAUGCCAUCAAAACGCACGACCCGGGGAGACAGCACAAUCUAGCCACUUACCCCAACGCAAUCUUUAACCAAGACGACGACGACGACCACGACCACGAUGAAGACGACCACGACGACGAUAAUAUGGAGAGUGUCAAGCACUCAGGCUACCGCAUCUAA